AUGCAUAAAUUUUUUAUUAAACGGACAUUAAUUACAAAUCAAAUUUUAAAGAAAACAAGCGAGGAAUUAGUUGAUACUACGAAAAAAUGCACAGAAGUUACACCAAAAAAACAGUCCAAAUAUACAAAUACUAUUUUACUUCCACAAACUAAAUUUCCUGUACAAAUUAAUGGGAAAGCACGAAUAGACACGGAUAAAUAUUUAACUGAAAAGUGUGGCUUUUCUGAAUUAUACGAAUGGCAAAGAAAAAAUCUGUCAGGACCAGAUUUUGUUUUACAUGAUGGACCUCCUUAUGCAAAUGGAAUACCUCACAUGGGACAUGCUAUUAAUAAGAUUCUAAAGGAUAUAACAUUAAGACAUAAGAUUAUGAAUGGAAAUCGAGUUCAUUAUGUACCAGGUUGGGAUUGUCACGGACUACCAAUUGAAUUAAAGGCCAUUAAAGAUUAUAAAAUUACAGAUAAUCCUUUAGAUAUUAGGCAGAAAGCUCGUAAAUGCGCUGAAGAAGCUAUUAUUAAACAGAAACAAGCUUUUGAAUCAUGGGGUGUUACAGCCAAUUGGAAUGAAUCUGGAUGUUACUUUACCAAUCAUAUAUCAUAUAUAAAAAAUCAAUUUCACCAAUUUCUAAAAUUGUAUGAGAAAGAUAUUAUAUUUAGGGAUUUUAUGCCGGUCUAUUGGUCUCCUUCUUCGAGAACAGCAUUAGCUGAAUCUGAAUUGGAAUAUAACGAGCAACAUCAAAGUAAAACUGUGACUGUUCGUCUACGUGUUAAUGAUAUACCAGAAAGACUAAAUUCAUUUAAGAACCGUGCUAUAUAUGCAUUAAUAUGGACCACUACACCAUGGACUUUAGUAGCUAAUCAAGCUGUAUCUUUCUGUACAGAUAUUACAUAUUGUCUUGUUGAAGACCAUAAAGAAGACUUAUAUAUUGUUGCUGAAGAAUUAUUAAAAUCUACUGAAUCAAAGAUUGGACCUUUGAGAUCGCUAGUAUCAUUUAAAGGCAGAGAAUUGGAGGAUUGUACAUAUUUUCAUCCCUUUACCGAACAAAAAUGUCCUUUUUUAGCUGCAGAUCAUGUUACAAUAGAUAAAGGAACAGGUUUAGUUCAUACUGCUCCUGCACAUGGUCCAGAAGAUUUUCUGGUCGCGCUCAAAAAUAAAAUUAGUAUUUUAUCUGUGGUAGACUCUGAAGGUCGAUAUACUGAAGCAGCUGGUCCAGAAUUUCAUGGAUUAGAAGUAUUAACAGAGGGAGUUGAUAAAGUGAUGAGUCUUCUGGCUCGAGAUAUAGUAUAUAUGGAAACAUUAACACACAGUUAUCCAUAUGAUUGGCGAACAAAACAACCAGUUCUUAUUCGUGCUAGUCAUCAAUGGUUUAUUAAUAUAAAUUCUAUCAGGGAAAAAAUAAUUGAUAGCACUAAAGAUGUGAAUAUAUAUCCUGAAUGUAAUCGUAAAUCUUUUAUGAAUGCUUUACUUGCUGGAAUAAGGAAUCGACCGUAUUGGUGUAUUUCACGACAACGUUCUUGGGGAACACCCAUACCCGUGAUAUAUAGCAAAACAAUAGGCAAACCAUUUACGAAUAAAGAAUUAAUUGAACGUUUAUGCGAUUCGAUAGAUCGAUAUGGUCCCGAUUGUUGGUGGCAAUAUUCUGUGAAAGAUUUAAUAGGAUUAGACGUAAUUAAAAAAUUAAAUAUUGAUGCAGAUGAUAUAGUAAAAGGAAAUGAUAUUAUGGAUAUUUGGUUCGACAGCGGAAUUUCAUGGUCAAUGGUUUUGCCAGAAAGGAAAGCAAAUCUUUAUUUAGAAGGAUAUGAUCAAUUCAAUGGCUGGUUCCAGUCAUCCCUAAUAACAUCUAUAGCUUUACAGGGAUGUUCAUCUUAUAGUGAUUUAUUUGUACAUGGUUUUGCAGUCGAUGAAAAUGGUUUAAAAAUGUCAAAAUCAAUAGGAAACGUAAUAAAUCCAGAACAAAUUUUGCUAGGUGGAUCUAAUUUGAAGAAAAAUCCAGCAUAUGGUGUCGACAUUUUAAGAUGGUGGGUAGCUAAUCACAGUUGUCAGAAUAAACAAGCGCCAGUUUCGAAAAAUUUACUUGAUGAUUGUAAGCAAUGCGUCAAUAAACUUCGUUUAAUAUUGCGCUUUCUCCUGGGUGCUUUACAUCAUUAUCCGGAUAUGAAUUGUGAGCCUGAAUAUCGGAUUAUUGACAAAUAUAUGCUGUACUUAUUAUAUUCCUACAAUAAACAGAUACAAAAAUAUUACAACAAUUAUGAGUAUCAUCAUGUGGGGAAAAAGAUCAUAGAUUUUAUAUCACAUGAUGUAUCAGCUUUUUAUUGUACUAUAAUUAAAGAUAGACUUUAUUGUGAUGAAGUAAUGUCUCCGACACGCAUUGCAGCCGUGCAAGUUAUAAAAGAAAUUAUAAAUGUUCUUAUAAGAUCCGUCGCACCAAUUCUGCCUCAUUUGGCAGAAGAAAUAUGGCUGUAUCAUUCCCAAAAUUUCGCGUCGAUACCAUUACAUUAUACGCAAUAUAAAAUAUCAGAGUCAUGGAAUGAUCCAGGAAUCGUACAACAUAUAAACGUAGCACUUCGAUUGAGAAAUAAUAUUUUAAAAAUCAUUAAUAAAACUUCGUGGAAAUUGUAUGGUGUUGUAGAAGCUACAAAAGAAGAUUUCACCUUACUUUCUCUUCUUCACGACAAACAACAACCAUCAAUGUCUGAAUUAUGUGAGAUACUACAACUCUCUUCAGUUACGUUACAUGAGAAUCAUACGAUCAACGAAACAGAAAUUCAACUACAUGACAUUCAGGAGGAGUUGUGUGAACGUUGUAGAAGGUAUCCUGAACCUCAAAAAGAUGAUCUAUGUUCACGUUGUGUUAGUGUACUUGCUAAAAAUAAACAAGUGGUUGCGGCUGUGAGGGUUCGCUUACUCGGUGCUAUGUCUACUACGUACUCCCGUACUCAGGAGAGCGACGCGUGGGCCCUUCUGGCACUGAAGUCGGCACCGGCCAGCCCGACAAAGAUGCAGUGGAACCCGGAAGCAAAAGGUGCACCGAUUGCACGGUUAGAGGGUCGCGAGUUUGAAUACAUGGUUAGACAACGACGUAUCACUAUCGGACGUAACAGCAGCAAGGGUGAGGUCGACGUCAACAUGGGCCACUCCAGUUUUAUCUCACGACGACACCUUGAAAUCUUCUAUGAUCAUCCGUUUUUCUUUAUGAUUUGCAAUGGUAAAAAUGGUGUUUUUGUUGAUGGAGUUUUUCAACGAAAGGGUGCGCCUGCCUUCCAAUUACCAAAGACAUGCACAUUCAGAUUUCCAAGUACAAAUAUAAGACUCGUAUUUCAAUCAUUAGUGGACGAACAAGAACAAAGUAAUAUACGCGUUCCUUCUCCUCCAAAGCAUAGACCACCAUUACCACCUUUACGUAUUAAUAUUCCGGAUGCUGGCUAUAGUAGCCCAUUUCCUUCUCCUACUGGAACAAUUAGUGCUGCUAAUUCAUGUCCUGCCAGUCCACGUGCAGGACAAGGAAGAAGAAACAUAUCAGCAGAUUUACAGAUGGUAGCUGUGUAUGCAGCUGCCGUUGCAAAUGAUUCACAAAACUCUAACAUAGAAAGACACGAGGGUGGACAAAGUUCUAAUAGACAAAUAAGUCCUGAGCUUGAGUCAAGAUACAGCAGAGGUGGCAGCAGUAGCGGUCCAAAUGGUACUGCAGCACAUUGUAGUCCACCAAAGGAUGACUCUAAACCUCCAUAUUCAUAUGCACAGUUAAUCGUACAAGCAAUAGCAUCUGCUGCAGAUAAACAGCUCACAUUAUCUGGCAUUUAUUCUUACAUUACCAAGAAUUAUCCAUAUUAUAGAACUGCGGAUAAAGGAUGGCAAAAUUCAAUAAGGCAUAAUCUUUCAUUAAAUCGUUAUUUUAUCAAAGUACCAAGAAGUCAAGAAGAGCCAGGGAAAGGAUCAUUUUGGCGAAUAGAUCCACAAUCAGAAGCAAAGCUUAUAGAGCAGGCAUUUAGACAAAGAAGGCAACGUGGAGUUCCAUGUUUUCGAGCUCCAUUUGGACUUUCAUCUAGAAGUGCGCCAGCUUCUCCGUCUCACGUUGGUAUCAGUGGCUUGAUGACGCCGGAAUGUCUUAGCAGAGAAACAUCGCCAGGACCAGAAUCUUAUCCAGACAGCACUGUAUCCUCUCCGGCUGGUCAGUUGACUAGUCAAUCCGCGCCAGGAUCGCCUGGUCAUCCCUACGCAUCGUCGAGUCAAUCGUCUCAUAAAGGUCGCCUAAUGCAACAGAUUACUGUUGUCACGAACGGUGUUAGUGGUGAUUCGACUAGAGAAGAUAAAUACGUCGUAUCUGGAAAUGCUACAGAAGAGCAUUCUCUUUCCCCGGCUGGUCAAUAUAGUCCGGCCCCUGUUAUUGUACAAACCACGUAUAAUUAUAGUGGAAGCUUUAUUGGUCCCGACGCAGGCGUCGGAAUUGCGAAGCGUUCACACGAAGAAUCGGAUAGUUCUCCUGGUUCACCGGCACCGCUUGCCAUUGUUGAAAGUCCUGAACCACCUGAACAUCAACAACCAGCGACGAAACGUCAACGUGUUCAUGACAUGGACGACCACUGAACCAUCGUUGUCCUAGACUAUCGUUACGUAGGACAUUUUUUUGUUACAUCGCGCUACUCGCCCAUUGUCAAAUAUAUCUGCACGCGCGUGUACCUCACACUUGUUCGUGUGUGCGUCCGUAAACACGUGCACGCUUAAUGUUCGGGAUUUCGAAUCGUUGCCCAUAUUCAUACCACGUUUAAAUCUCUCCAUACAUUUUCAUCUAUGAUGCGCGCGCGCCGACAAAUACGUACAUGUACACACUCAGUUCUGUGUUUUUCAUUUAACCACAUGUGGUUACUUUAGUUUCUGUAUAAUGAUAAAUACUCGAUACUCGGUUUAUUGUUUUAUGCAAACAAGUGGAAUAUUCGUAAGAGAAGCGAGAGCAGACAACGUUAUUCCCUCGUCUCAUAUUUUCAGAACUUUUCGGUGUUCUACCUUUCUUUUUCAAUUUCCGGAGUUGAAUCAACUGCUGACGUAGUAACAUAGUUAUCAAGUCGUCAUGAUCAUUAGUAAGCACAUACACAUGUUUCGUUGAAUAAAUUUUUUAUGUUUCUUUUUUUUCUUGACGAUAUACAGGUACAAGGAGACGACGGGAGCUUUUACGUAUUUGUAAGAGGGAAUAAAUAUUUGUAACAUUCAUGGAAGAAUACAUGUAAGAAGCAUCUUGGAUGAAACCAUAUCGUAAUAUAUUCAUAAAGAUGUUGAAUCUCAAUAGAAGGAAAUAUUGUGUUAAAACAGCUCACGUUGUUCGCCUUAGUGCUUCGCAAAAGAAAAAAGAAGAUCACCUAUUCUAGAACGUUGCUAAUACUGGUAAAUGAAGAUACUUGAGGAAUUUGUUAAAGACAACUAUACAUCGUAAAUAAGCUCGUAUGAGUUUAAGCUGUAGAGCUUUUCCCUUUAUGAGCUACGUUGAUUAUGUAUUUUAAAUGCACAGUCUUUGUGUAUUUAAAUAUUCUCUGAAUAUUCUCUGAAUAUUUUCUCAAUCUUUGUUUUUGUGUAAUGUCCAGUUACUAUUAGGAAGAAAAAAAGAAAGAAAGAUAUCUAUUGGUCCUUUCCGGUUCUUCAACUUCGACGAUCGUUCACGUUGUACAAAUCGAUCAAUGAAAUCGAUUAUGACGCAAUUCGCGUAGAUGCUCGCGAAUCGUAGAUACAAACUUUAGAUUGUAGUUCUGCGUAUGAUUUUACAAAGUUUCU